CCAACACAAACAACAAAAAGAAGAAGAAGUGAAAACGAUAUGUGGUAUUUUAUCCCGAAUGUGCCUCCAAAUAUGUGAGAAAUGUGAGAUUUACAUCACGUCGGACUCGGUCGCUACUUCAGCUGGAGUUACGUGCACAUAAUGGCGGACUCUCUGUUUCUGCUGAACGCGGACACGCUCGCUGAAGGAGACUGUCGCUGUCUCUGCGGCUCUUGUUAUUGUAUCUGGCGCUAGCAUUAGCCCGGGUAGCUUACACCGCUGUCUUCGCUUUCGACAGAUCCGAUGUUGAUUCAUUGCUGCGGGGCAGGAAGUUGAACCGCUAGGAACAAGGUAAUUUCCGACAUUGGCGGCCGAUAGGAGGAAUGCUCACGCUUUUUACGUAACUGGUCGCAGUCGCUACAUUGCGGUGUACGAGAUGCUGACGUUAAUUUACAAGUGAAAAGAAACAUCUGCUGCGUGUUUGCGUUAUAAGAGGAGACCUUGAUUAAAAUGUGACCGCAAGCUGAUAUUAGUUUCCACGUCUUUAACGGUACCUCGUCGUCGUUAUUGCUGUGUAAACAUUCAGGGAUGGAGCUGCAUGUGGGAGCCGCUGUGAUGGAUCUCGCCCGGCGCAUCACAGACAUUUGACUUGUUCGCCUGUCACAGAGAAAUCAUGUCUUGCAAAGAAGCCACCAAGGACAAUAAGUCGAGCUUCAGCAAGAAGCUGUUCAGGCGAGGCUCUGUGAGAUCCGUGGGCAGUUUCAUGAGCAGAUUCCUGAGGACCCUGACAGCCUUAUCCCACUAUGGAUCGGAAGUACAAGCAGAGGAUGACAAGGACGAUGGAGGGUUCUCCACGUUCAAACCUGGGAGCAAAGAUGUGCCCAUGGACGAUGGGGACAUGGGGGGGUUCCUGUCCGGAGACAGGGUCCCCGGAGUGUCAGGGCUCAAGAACCACGGGAAUACCUGCUUCAUGAAUGCGAUCCUGCAGUGCCUCAGCAACACCGAACUCUUCGCUGAGUACCUGGUUCUGGAGCACUACAAAGGCGAGGAGGGGGAGGACGGGGACAGACCGAAGACUAAUGGCCUACACCUGCAGAGGAAGGGACCCCUGGCCAAAGGAGAGGUCACGGAGCAGCUGUCUGGACUUGUGCGGGCUUUAUGGACGUUUGAAUACACCCCACAGCACAGCAGAGACUUCAAGAACGCAGUGUCAAAAAACGCCACUCAGUUUAAAGGGAACUCUCAGCACGAUGCUCAGGAGUUUCUGCUGUGGCUGCUGGACAGAGUGCAUGAGGACCUCAACACAGUCAACCCCAACAGCAGGCCCGCUAUAAAGCCCCCUAUUGAAGAAGACGAUGAAAGCAUAGACGAGCCUUCUCUACCUCUCUCUGCUGGCUCGUUCGUACAAGAACUGUUCCAGGCUCAGUACAGGUCGUCUCUAACCUGCCCACAUUGCCAAAAGCAGAGCAAUACGUUCGAUCCCUUCCUCUGCAUCUCCUUACCGAUCCCACUCCCACACACACGGCCCCUGUACGUGACAGUGGUCUACCAGGGGAAGUACUCUCACUGUAUGAGGAUUGGAGUUGCUGUUCCCCUCAACAGCACCGUCUAUCGCCUCAGAGAUGCUGUGUCACGUGAGACCAAGAUCCCAAUGGACCAGUUUGUUUUGACUGAAAUGUACUUUGAUGGCUUCCAUCGUUCAUUUUGUGAUGAUGACGAUGAUCUGGAGAUCAUUCAAGAGAGCGAUUCCAUCUUUGCCUUUGAGACACCAGAGACAUUCAAACUGGAAAAUUUACGCACAAAAAGAGGAAGUCUCCUUGCAAACCUGAACCACAACAACUUGAAGUAUGGGACUGAAAUCAGCAGGACUUCAUCAUUCAUGCAGGGGGCCAUGACUCCUGUUACUGCAUCACCCAAUAAAAACCUUGGACCAGAAAAAAUUAUCCUGUUGGUGUGUAACAGAGCCUGUACUGGUCACCAAGGAAAGAGGUUCGGCCUGCCUUUUGUACUGUACAUGGAGCGCACUGUGACCUGGGACGGUCUCCAAAAAGAGAUCCUGGAGAAAAUGCGUCAUCUCUUGAGGCCUGGGGUCUAUAUUCAGGUGGGACCUUUCAGUCUUCGGGUGGUUGGCGUCGUUGGUAUAACCUACCUCCUUCCCCAAGAUGAGCGACCACUGUGUCACCCAACUGUGGAAAGAGCGUACAAGUCCUGUGGACAAGGAGGACCACCACAUGUGAAGAUAGUGGUAGAGUGGGACAAAGAGACGAAGGACUAUCUGUUUGGACACACUGAGGAGGAGUACAUUCCCGAUGCUGAGAGUGUGUAUCUGCACAGAGAACAUCAUCACCAGCCGCAGGCCUGCACCCUCGCUCAGUGCUUUCAGCUGUACACGAAGGAGGAGCAGCUGGCCCCAGACGAUGCCUGGCGCUGUCCGCACUGCAAGCAGCUGCAGCAGGGCCGCAUUAAGCUCAGCCUGUGGACGCUGCCGGAUGUACUCAUACUGCAUCUCAAGAGAUUCAGACAGGAGGGGGACCGGAGGGUAAAGAUGCAGAACAUGGUGCGGUUCCCCUUGAUGGGCAUGGACAUGGCACCUCAUGUGGUGAAGAGGAGUCAGAGUAGCUGGAGUUUACCUUCCCAUUGGUCGCCAUGGAGGAGACCCUAUGGCCUGGGAAGAAACCCUGAUGACUACCUUUAUGACCUUUAUGCUGUGUGCAACCACCAUGGGAAUAUGCACGGAGGCCACUACACUGCUUACUGCAAGAACUCCAUUGAUGGUCAGUGGUACUGCUUUGAUGACAGUGAGGUUACCCCAGUAGCUGACGAUGACGUGUGUCAGCAGACGGCCUAUAUCCUCUUCUACCAGAGGAGGACAGUUAUUCCCUCCUGGUCGGCCAACAGCUCUGUUGCUGGUUCCACUAGUUCCUCCCUGUGUGACCACUGGAUCAACAGGUUGCCUGGCAGCCGGCCUGCCAGCUUGGCCUCUGGAGCCUCGUCCAGACGCACCUCUCUGGCUUCACUGGCCGAGUCGGUUGAGUUUCCAGUGGAACGCAGUGAGGAUGAUGGUGGAUUCUCGGCCCGCCCUUUUGUGAGGAGCAUUCAGCAUCAGAGCUCGUCUUCCAGGUCGUCCAUCGCUAGUCCUUUAGCCUUCAGUGACAGUGGGGUAAAACCAUCUUGGUCUCUUUCUGCGAAGCUUCAUAUGAGAUCCAACUCGCCCUCACGGUUCUCCCUCGACUCUCGAUGCUCGCCUCCUCUAGAGAGGAUAGGAGAGGCCUGCGAUGACAAGGUUUCCACUUCAUGUUUUGGCAGCUAUAGUCGACAUGAACGCUACUUUGGCAGCAGGACUCCGUUGUCGAUGAUGGAGAGCAACUUAAGUGACCAUGGCAACAAUAAGCAGUUCCUAGACAUGGUGUACUGCAGGGCUCCCACUCCAGUGGAAAAGAAGAGCACCAAAAAUGAGCCAACUGAAAACAACAACCAGAUUACAGCUAUAGACCAAAACAUACUACCUGCCCAAGCGACGCCCUCCAAAGAACAGAAACGAAAGAGCAGCAUUGGAGGAUUUGCCUCUAAGGCUGAAACCACAGGCUCCACAAAGAGCACCAGCAAAGUGGAGCAGGAGAAAACUUCCAAAAAACGUUUGUGCUCAACCCAUAAAACCUCCACCCCUGAGACGUCUUCCAGCACACCUGUGAAAGGCAAGAAGGUGGGCAAUACUAAAGAAAAGAGUGUAAACGCCAAGAAAAACACCUCAACACCCAAUGGGACUCCCUCCAAAACAAAGGUAGCAAUUCAGCCUCUAGACGCAACGCCGCAACAUAAGCCAUGUGUCCGAUCCACACCUCAGUCCUCAGCUUCUCCCUCACCAACUGCAAAUAAAAAUGCCAGUGUCGCAGAGAAAAGCACUCUGAGUAGUCGUAAACGACUGGUGGAAAGGAGUUACAGCAGAGAUUCUAUGCACACUAGCCCUCUGGUCAACAAUCUCCGAGGCAGCUCAGUAGCUCGCUCUUCGCUCUCUAAGAGUGGGGAAAGCAACAAGAUUGAAAAGAAAUCCGUGAGGAGUUCAAGCAGUAGCUCCUCUGUCACUAGCCUGCGUUCACCAAGCGUGUCCACCAAAGACCUACAGCGCAACAGCAAGUCUGAGGAGAAAGGGUUGUCUUUCUUCAAGAGCGCCCUUCGACAAAGGGAAAGCCGCCGGUCGGCUGAUUUGGGAAAAAGCUCCUUGCUUGCUAAAAAGUCGUGCAAGCAAAAUGGUCAAGCCCAGGAAAUCGUUGCUGAGAAUGGAAAGGCAGGAGAUGCUGUGUCUUCACCAACAUCUACUGAGACUAAGUCAAAGACAAAAGAGUCUUCCAAGCCCCCCAGCUCUCUCAGUCGCACUCUACUAAAUGUAGGCAAGUCCAAGUCUUCCACUUCUGACGUAAGUCUCAAGUCGCCCUCAAAAGGGAAGAAGCCUCUCGAAAGGAUGGCAUCUUCCCGAAAGCUGUCAUCUAGCAUGCAAUCUCCUGCACGUACAACACAGAGGCCUCAAUGAUAAACUCAUUGUAGUUAUAUUGAACGUACAUAUUGCAGCUAUUUUCUUUGUGCCUACGUCUCAGAGAGCAUCAGAUGUAUUUGUUAAGAGACACAUUGGAUGUUGUGGUUGUGUACAUUCUUGUUGAAUAUAGAGGACUACUUGGUAACAGCAUUGGAGUAUUUAUAGCUGAACUCAAUAAAAAGCACUGUAGCUAUUUAAACAUUUUCGGUGGCUAAAUCUCCUGGUAAAAUUACAGUUCGAGUUAUUGGAGUACUUUUGUAUCGGUACCUGUUACACCUUUAAGAAUUGGCAGGGUGAUAGAUGUAUUCUGGCAUGGAUGUUACAUAAGCAUGCUAUAUACCUUCAGCUGUGCAGCACAACCAGUUUGAUCGUGAGCACUCAAAGCCUGUUUGACAGCUGACAGAAUUCCCCCAUUGCAGAAUUGAAAUCCAAUUAUCUUCCUUCAGACAAGAUCUUUGUUAUAGCCACGAAAAAUAUUCAGGCAGAAAACCUUGGUUUGAAAUGCGGCAUCUUGCACUUUUAACGAUAGGAUGAGAGACAGUUUUACCUUGUACACACCAGCGAUCCACAGUUUUUCUUGUAUAGUAAAAUCUUUUUAAUUGAUAAAGGUAAUCAUUUUUCGAGUGAGAUAAAAAGUAGCUGGUUGACGAUGCCCAAACGUCACUGCUCCUCUAUAAUGCAAACUAAAAAACAGUGGGAAGAGAACCACAACAGUGAUAAUGGUCUCUGGACAAAUACUGAAACAGUUGAUACGCUCUCACACACAAAUGCACUUAUACUUUUUUUUCUGUCUUUGUGAGGACAUUAUGCAUUUCCUAACCCUUACCUUAACCAUCACAACUAAAUACCCAAACUCAACCCUUACCCCUAAAUCUACCCCUAACUUAAAACCAAGUCUUAACCCACAAAAGAGAGGACUGGCCAAAUGUCCUCAAUCCACGAGGUCAAACAUUCAGGUCCUCACAUAGAUAGAAAUACAAUUACACGAAGGGUCUCACUUCAUGAGGUUAAAUAUUCAGGUCCUCACAAAGAUAGAAAUGCAAGUACACACACACACACACACAAAGAGUUUCAUUCCGAAAGACUUGUGACAAAGCAUUCAUGAAGUUUCCAUUGGUUGUUUAAGCUGAUCAAACUGGCCAUUGAUCGUUUUAAAACCUGCAGUCUAAACACACACACUGUCUCAAUACUCCUCAUAGCAUUGGUUUACUUCAUAUUUGUCUUGAGAGUAUCUAGGAUCAAUAUGGAAUGGCAGUACAAAAAUAAUAAUCUUUAUUGUUAACAUUAAAAGACAAUUUGUGGAGUACACAGGUAAAAUCAGCUCUUAGACCAGAACAAGAAUUAGGAUUGGUACGAAAAAUUGAGGCAAAACUUUAUCUUUGUUUAAUAUUAGUACCUUUUUGACAGAAAUGUAUUUUAUUAGAUUCUUAUCAAAGUUGAGUGUGUUUCUUUUCCUCAGAAGAGAUGGUGUUUUGGAAUGAAACCCUUUAAAUGCAAAAUAUAUAAAUGUAUGUAUAUAUAUAUAUAUAUAUAUAUAUAUAAUUAUAAACAUGUUUCUGUACAGAUAUUGACAUAUGUAUAUAGUAUAAACCCCACUUAUUUUCCUCUCCAAUAGCAACAUGAAAAUGAUCUCAAGCGCCUUUCAGUACUGUACAUGGAAACAAAUAAUUGCCUUUGGCAACAUAGUAGUCUACUACUGUAUGCAUCACUGAGUAGGAAUGUUGUGUUGUUUGCACUUUGUAUAGAUAAAGUAGUUUCCUCUUACCCUGAACAGUUAUAGAUAUAUACAUAUAUAUAAGUAUACGCAUACGUACACACAAACUUAAUGUAAGUAUCUCAUUUUUAAUAUGUUGUCUGUACACGAUUUCAAGACAUAUCGUAAAGUAAAGAGUCAACUGGCCUUUAGGCGUGAAAUAGUAAAAGGGUACAUUCAUCUCAAUGUUUCAGGGGUCAUCCCUUCAUCCCUCCUGGUGCUGUAACAGACCACUGCUGUUCUGGCACUGAUGUUUCUUAAAUGAACAUAUUUUCAAAUGCCGAUGUUCAGAACUGUGACCACGUAAACAUCAGUGAGCCAGAAACCUGUUGGCAGGGUUUAUCAUAAUAACCUGUGGUACCUCAUCGGAGAGGACCAAGCUUCUUUCUCUUUUCUUUAUCAGGCGUAAUUAACAUGUUGAUAAUGAGCCAGUUAGUUCAUUGUAGAUCUUUGUUUGUGUCGUCUGCGAGCAGUCGUCCAAAAUCACACGAUGGCUGAAUUUUAUCAACUAUCAGGCGCUGCGAGGCUAAUGCUAAUUUUGCAGUAUAAUGAAAGAAGCAGGUUAGUUUCACUUCGGCUGUAAUGAUUCUGGCCUGAAUCUGAAGCUUUACCAUUGUAGAAUAAAUUGUGAUAUUCAUACAGUAGAUACCAGCAUAGUGGAUGUUUUAAGUGAAUGAAUGUGGAUUUGUCAUUACUCAGCGUUUUUUUUAUUUUAGAGUAAAAAUAAUCUGCAGUAUUUCUCUCAGCUGUUUCUCUGUAGCAUAAACCAGGUUUACAUUAGUUCUCAGAUGGUUUCAGAGGAAAUACCACUCCAAUUAAAGAUUAAGAAUGUUAUUUAAAAGGUCUGUAUAAGAGUUUUAGCUGAUUUCGUUCUGUUCUUGGAGAAACUACAUUUAGUUAGUUUGUUAUUUUACAUCUCAGGAUGUAUAAAGUCUCUGUGUGCAAGUAGAGACUUCACCUUAUGUCUGGUGACUUGCAAAAGAUGGAUUGGCGAAUUUAAUUCUUCCAAUUUCUAAAGGAAAACGUAGUAUUUGUAACUGAAACAUUCACAGCAAACUGUCAUUUAGCACGUAAGAGUGUGAUGACUCUUAAUACUCAAAUUCCACUCAGAAAUGGUUUGCUGAAAAUGUGUAAAGAAAACAAAUAAUGUUUUUCUUUACUCCUGCUUGUAGCUUGGUAAGUUUCUGAAAAAUAAUUGAAUCGAAAUAAACAAACCUGACAUUUCAGUGGGUCGAAAUAAUAAAUUGUCUAAGUCAGGUUACUUGUUAGGUGAGGAACACAACUGACAAUAAAAUUGUGUAUGUCGUGUCUAAAAAUUCAUACACCGUAAAAAUGAUACUUAUUGUUCAAUUGAAGUGGUUUUCCUAUAGCUGCUCUUUUAUACGUUGUACUCUAUCAGGAACACGUGCAUGGCACUUUGGAUCAAAGCAGGACUAUUUUAUGUAAUUCGUGUUUUUCACUCUCGUUUGCUGGUUUUAACGUCAAACGUAGUAGCCAGUUCCAACCAAACCCUUUUUGACCCUGUUCCUUUACAGGACUGAAUUCUGAACGCUGCAGCCUAUUGCCUUGUUUUCCAACCAUUUCACAUUUAUCCAUAAGAGUUUUGAUUAUAGCCACAGCAUUCUUAAAGAUUUCCUCUUUACAGCUUGUAAAAUUUGAUUAGACAUGCAGUUUGAGAACCUCACUGCGGGCAGCUCAUACUGUAGCAACUCUGUGGUAUUGUGCAGCCCAAGUUCUUUUAAAUUGUAUGCAUAAUAUGAAUGUCUAUAUGUAUUGUGAUACAGCAACAUGCAUUCAUUUAGUGACAAGCAACCUUCCAACCAGUAGCUUUUAAUCAUUACAAAAACCUACUCUAAGAUUUUUACUUCGACCAACAUACUAGUGGUAAAGCAAUAAUCCAGCAAUCAUCUCAUUGAUUGAUGGGCAUCAGUUGGAGCAGAGAAGCUGAGGUUUUACCAAAACCUGCAAUAUGAUUGAUUUUGAGAGCUCAAAAUCCCAUUUAAAACCAGACGAGUACCGUGCUUCAAAUGAGUACUUUUCCAUUCCAUUCUUCCAAAUGCGUGUCUGUCACAACAAGAUGUCAAAAAUCAAUGCGAGAUGUAACAGAAAAGCAUUUUAACACGAUUUUCCACUCUCUCCCCUCACUGCAGCUACUCACUUUACACGUUGUCGAUGUACAGAGUUGAUAAUGAUUAAGGGAAAGCAGUAUUUGCAUGAAAACGCUAUUGCAUGCAUUUCAUUGACUAUGCAAGAGUCUGCAGCUGUGUACAGUAGUAGGCAGAGCAUGGCCGGUAUAUUCCACCGCUUCAUUUGCACACAACUACGUAUGUUUUGAAAAUGUAAAGUAUCUCAUCUUUCCGAUAAAGGGAAAAAACUUAAAAAUCUUGCCUAUAUGGAAAUCUAUUUAAUGCCAUCAUUUCCUAUAGCAUUCUAGCAUUUAAUUUGUAUGUGUAUUUUUUCCUCAUUAUCUUGUGUUUUGUUUAUUUCUGCUGAUCUGUGCUCUCUGGGUGCUCCUACUACUCUGGUAGGUUACGCUCUUUGUUUUUGUUGACAAGAUGUUAAAUUUUUACUGUUGUACACCAGCAGAGACAACACUAAGGAUGCGAUAAUCUCUAUGCGGUUACUGCAUAGUCUAAUGUAUGUAUGUAUUGUGAAAAGGCCUUCCAUUAUUUCACUUCAGUGGUAACGGUUUGUGAACCUGUUUAGAACAACGGCUGCGUCAAAGAUGUGGUCGGUCUCUUAUGUAGGCAACUCAAACAAAUGAAUAUAUAUAAAUGGCUAAAUGCAAUAAAGAAAGAAAGCAAAUUUAUAGUUUUAUAUUACACUACUUAAUGAACAAUGACAAUGCCACAUCAGUUGUUUUCAUCAUGAUGUGAUUUUUAUUGAUUUUUAUUCCAAGAAGGCAGUUAAUCAGCAAACUUUUAAAUGAUCUAAAACGGUGCCACUCGUUUGUUUCUGUGAACUGGGGAUAAAACAAUCAAUCUAGUUGUUAAAAUGCAAACAGGCUUCUCAGCAGAAGUCCAUCACGUGCAACCUGUUUUUUAUAUUUGACCACUUAAAUCAAAGUUGCAAUAACCACUGAAGGUGAGACAAACAUUUGAGCCACUGAUUUAGGUUUCUUCUGUAGAUUUUGUGGUUCAAUAGCAACACUGGGUGGACGGUUGUUGAGUGAUAAAGUCAAAAGACUCAAAAUAAUUUAAAUUUAAUAAAUGUAUAUGUAUUUUUUAGGGCAUAUAGACAAGGCUUUCAAGGACAUCUGUCAAAUGUAAACACUACAAACUGAUAAUAUUGAAACUUUACGGGAACCUUAAGGAAACAAAUUGUAACAGUUAUUUUGUAUCUGGAUGGUACAGAAACUAAAGAGCUGUAGAAUGAAUGAAUGUCAUGAAACUUUUUUUCUUAAAGAUUACAUUAAGGACAUUAGUGCUAAAUGCACAGCACGUCUCUGCUUUGACCUUUUUUUUUAAUAUCUUUUACUUGUUCUUAUUGUAAUGUAUCGUUCUGGAGCAUUUUGUAAAAUACACAAUGUUGCAUUUAUUGUGAAUUAUUUUCUUAUUAAGGCCAUCUUGCUGUAUUAAGUUCAUGAGGAUAUUAUUGAAAUCUGCAUUAUUUGAACAGGGCGAUUCUUUGUUUUACAUAAUUUUCCAGUAGGUCUUCUGUUACAUUUUUGUUGUUUAUUUUUAUUUCUGUGUACUUAUUUUUAUUUUUAUUUGUUAGGCAAACUGUUAAUUCAGUAGUUUAAAGUUCAUCAGUGUCAGUCUUCUGUGUUAAUUUAUUUCUCUUUUUUUAUCAUAUAUAUGCACUUUUUUAUUAUAAUUUCUCCAAAAGACAAAUGUGUAUAUACUAUGUUUAGCCAUGCAAGUACAAAAUAAAAAAUCUGAAUAAAAAUAUUGAAACUGUU